CAUCGACACUAGAAGCGACCCGGGCGUGGUUGCUGAGUGACACCGCUCCGCUUGCUCGCCGUGCCACCACAGUAACCUGCCGGCCUUUCUUCACCCGUGCCGCUGCCGCUGUUGUUGCUGCUCGCAAGCAAAGCGACUACCCCCAACAACAACAGCAACAACAACAACAACACAAGCCUGGCAGAGGCUACACCGGGCGGACUUUCGUCUCAUCUGUAAAGCAACACGACUUCAAGUGCCGUUGGCCAUCGAGCGACACGGAUAGCAGCCUCGCCCGGGGCUUUUCGACUUCAAAUUCCGCUGGACAGGAAUAGGCAGCCAUCUAACCAGAGCCAGCUAUCAACACAGCACAGCACAUCUCGGCGCGUGCGACCUCGGAGUCGACGCUGUCGUUGGAGAAGCGGCGAGAGGCGGGAGAGAGUCUCGGGUUGUGUGUGUGGGGGGUGAUGGAGCCAUGGACGAGCUGGCAACUCCCGGUGUGGUGACGAGAAGAGAGGUCUGACUUCGUACUGCGAGCGCGUCUCCUUCAGCUGUUUGCGCUCUUCUCUGUGGGGACGCCAGCGAGAGAGCGAGACUGACGGUGAGGAGGAGAGGCGACUUCACCAACAGUGAACGGACCACACACGGUACGAGAGAGCUCGUGGCACCGCUCACCAUGUCCCUCAAUGCCACCACGUUGGCCUCGACGCUCACCAACGGCACGAGCACACAAGACGUCCUCAUCCAGAGUGCGGGAGCCAUCACAGCAGCAAUAGUAUUCAGCAUCAUCAUCAUCCUCGCAAUCAUCCUCGCCCUCGUCGUGAAAUUCCACAAGCCGUCGCACGGAGCCCUGAUGACGUCGACGAGCCAAUCGUCGCGUCACACGCGCAGCACGACCCACGCGCAACACCGCGUCAACGGCGCGGCUGCCACCUCCAUCUCAACCGCCGCCGCCGCGUCAUCGCGACGUCACAACGGCGCCGCCCCCUCGCGCCACGAGGGCUCCGCGUCUCGCUACAUCACCCCCUACGGUGACCCCCACCGCAACGGCUCGCUGGCUCGGCCCGGCGGGAGACUGGACGGGGUCGUGGUGACUCAGCGCACGCAAGCCGGCAACUGGGAGCCCGAGCGUUGGCCCAGGAUUUCGUUGGCGGUCCCGGCCGGGGGAGGGGCGGCGGUGGUCAGCAUGGACGACCUGCCCACCAUCUCGCGCUUCGACGAGCCGGCGACGGGCUUGCUGCGGGCGGGACACGACGGCGCUUCGUGGGAACGCAACGGCUCGUCGGUGUCGACCAUCGGCGGGGUGUCGCUCGAGAUGUCGACCAUCAACAGCAUCGAGGACCUCAUUCCGCCGGAUUACCCCAUGGACUGAGUUGGCGGGAGGCACGGGGAGGGAGGGAGGGGAAGGCCGCUGGGAGGAUAACGGUGGAGCGGCGGUGGCAGCGGCCGGCCUAGAAGUAGUCGCGGGAGACGCCGAGAGCCGCCGAGCGGAAAUUCCACGUGUCUAUGACGGGAGGGUGGGGAUGGAGGCAGGUGAGCUGUGGACUCGCUGUUGACGUCUCCUGCAAAGUUAGGAACUUUCUUUUGGUUUGUGUCGACCACGAAGAAUCCAUGAUGAUGGCGAUGACGAUGUUCGGCAGUGAUUGAUGAUGAUUUGCAGCUUUUGUGAACGUUGUCCUGGCUUGCGACCCCCCCCCCC